AUGCCACACGCGAGCCGAACAUCCGCUACUCUUAUCAGGUCACUCUAUAGUAGCGAGUUUGCGUCCCUAGUACUCAGUGGCGAUCCGAAGCAUGUCUUCAAUUGGCAGGCUCCACGUGGCUUCAAGAGUCCAGGCCGCCUCACCAGCGUCGUUCUUCGCCUGCUUGUGGUAACCGCGUACCUCCUCUCGCUCCCUGCCGCCACCAACGCCGCCGUGCCAACAUGCGCCAGCCUCGCAGCUCAAGCGCCCUCUUUGAACCUCCUGCGCAAUGCGGGCUUCGAGGAAGUUUCCGCUGCAGCAGAUUGGCCCUCGCCCCUGUCGUCCUGGGUGCCGCUCGUCCCCGGCGGCGCAGCAGCGCAGCAAGGGCAGGUUGGGGGGGCGGGGGCGGGGGCGGGGGCGGGGGGAGGGGGAGGGGAGAUUUCGCGCGGGGACCCGUCCGUUGCUGCUGAGGGAGGUCGGUUCGUUCGCCUGCAGCCCAGCAACGGCAGUGGCGGCAUCAGUGGCGAGCUCUGGGGGAGCGGGCCGAGUGAGAGUGAAGGGGCAGUGUGGCCGGUGCAGGGACUGGGGCAGCUGCUGUGUGUCGUGGAAGGUGGAGAGCAGCAGCAGCAGGGGGAGUUUUCGCUAUAUUUCCAUGCUAGGGCACGCGAGUGCUCGUUUGACUUGGGUUCUCUCUUGGGAUUUUGGCCGAUGCGAGCAAUGAUUGUCGCCGUGCCCCUGCCACCACCACCAGCGACUAACAGCAGCAGCAGCGUGGACGAGGGCGAUCUGGCCAGGGCGCUAGCAGCAGCUACGAGCAGCGGAGACAUGACGGUGGUGCAUCAAUGGACCAUCGGCGUUCCCUGCCUCAACAACAACUCCUACUCUCUCUCGGGCCUCCUGCCCUGGCGCCAGCACGGACCCUACUCCUUCCACCUCCCACCCUCCCCCGCCUCCGCCUUUGCUCUAUCCUUCCCGCCGCAAGGCGUGGCGCUGCACGUCGUGCUGCUGGAGGGCAGUGGGGUGGACACCAGCGGCACCAUUUGGGUGCCUCCUCCCGGAGAUACGUCCGUGCCUGGUGGUGGGUCCGUGACUGGGGGUGGGUCCGUGACUGGGGGUGGGUCCGUGCCAGGGGGUGGGUACGAGCCAGGGGGUGGGUCCGUGCCAGGGGGUGGGUCCGUGCCAGGGGGUGUGCCUGAGACUGGGGGUGUUCCAUUGGGUGGAGAGGUAGCAGCAGCAGCAGCAGUGGAAGGCGGAGCGCUCACGUCGGCGGCAGCGGCAGCAGGGAACAUCGACAUUGACUUGGUCACUGUGGCUCCCCGAGGCACAGGUGCGCUCAGAGGCACAGGUGCGCCAAGAGGCACAGGUGCGCCCAGAGGCACAGGUGCGCCCAGAGGCACAGCGGCCUCCGCCCCUCCGUCCUUCUCCUACUCCCCGUUGACCUCCUCCUCGCCCCUCCUCACCUCCGGCUCGGCCCGCCUCCUCCCCUCCUCGCUGCGCCUCACCCCCCUCUCUCCCCCCCACCAAGCGGGCCUUGCCCUACACCCCACGCCAUUCCCCCUCGUCUCCCCCGCCUCCCCCACCCCCCCCUGCCGCCCCUACUCCUUCUCCUCCUCCUUCUCCUUCCGCCUCUCCUCCCCCCAAUCCGCUGCUGCUCUCGGGGCCGACGGCUUUGCUUUCGUUUUCCUGCCCGACCCGACACUCGGGCUGCCCGGGCCAAACAUGGGAUACAGCAGAAGGCCUUACCGGCAGGAAGAGUUUUUUGUGGGUGUGGAAGGGGGGGAUGCGGAGGUGGGGGAAGGGGAAGAGUGUGUGAUAGCGAAUGGGACCAUUACAUGCACCACGACUGGCAGCACCAGCAGUAGCUCCAGUAGUAUCACCUUCAACAGCAGCCUGCCACAUCAGCACAGCCUGGCAGUGGAGUUUGACACGUCAUCAACUCGUUUAUCUGUGGAUCCAACCACUCACCACGUGGGGAUCAACGUGGAUUACAGCAUGACGUCAGCAGGCCAUGCGUCCGUGCACCCUGCGGGCAUGGGCUCGCUGGGCGGCAACGAGACGCUGCAUGCGUGGGUGGCCUACAACGCCACCGCCUCGCUGCUCUCCGUGCGCCUCUCCUCCUCGCCCGCCAUGCCCCCCUCCGCCCUCCUCUCCCUCCCCUUCAAUGCCUGCGACCUCUUUCACAAUGCUCCGAAUGAGGACGGAGGGGAGGGGGAGGCCGUGUUGGUGCAUGCGGGGUUUGCAGCCGGCACGGGGCUGCUGCCGCUGCACACUCAGACGCACGACAUCCUCUCCUGGACCUUCCACGUGGACUCCAAAGCAGCAGCAGCAGCAGCAACAGCAGCAGCAGCAGCAGUUCUGGUGCUACUGAAGGAGUGA